AUGAAGGAACACGUGGGGGAUGAAAGCGCCAAAACGAACAAAAAUCUCGAAGCACUCGCGACAGUUGCGGCGACGCAGGACAGCCCAAGUGUGUCAUACGCGGACGUUGCGCGAACCGGCUUAGGCGUGGCAGCUCACGGCUCGAGGAUGGCCACGCUGGACUACACACCGCCGCCGGGUCGUGGCGAACCGUUAUUCUGUACGGCCGACACGUCGAGGGUAGAAGACGGCGGCGACAAGCCCAACGCCGGUCGGGUCUGGGCUGCAGUAGAAAAGGAGAUGCGCGCGACGGGCGGACAUGGCAGCUGGCCGGCGGUGAUCAUUUGCCGCGACGAAGCUGAACACAAGUUGGUCAAGAACAUCCCGGAGAAGAGUUUCGGUCCUGGAACGCGAGUGCUGCGAGAUGAGCUCUACCCCGUGAAGGUGGACAAUGUGAAACGGACUGAGGUGCUUAAUGAGAAGUGCAAUGUCAGAGCUGAAGCGGUGGAGGCACGUAGCCGAGAAAACGACACCACGGCUGCCAAGAUAUCUUGGCUUAGCAAGAAAGACAUGCCAAAGGCCUAUGGAUCAAUGGUCGUGUUUGUGACCAAGGCCAGUGAUGCGCGUAGACUGAUCUCCGAGGGCUCCUUCCACGUUGGAGGGGAGUCCGGCACGACGAUGGCGUUUGAACGGCGGCCACGCCCCCAGCAGUGCUACAGCUGCCAGCAGAUCACGAGGCACAAGUCUUACCAGUGCGCAAAUCCCCAGGUGUACAGACGCUGCGCCAAGCAGCCUCCUUCCGAGGGGGACGAAAUAUGGCACAAGAAUGAGGCGCAGACGACGAUCGACCUAUCUCUUGCGUCUGAAGAGAUAGCCAGGACGGUGGUACGGUGUGGAAUACACCAGGCGGACCACGGCUCGGAUCACCGCGCCGUUGAGACUGUUUUCGAUAUUGCUGCGCCUGAGAUGGAAAGCCGACCACGACUCCUCCUCAAGAAGGCACCAUGGAAGCAGAUCAAUGAGAAGGUAGAAGCAAACCUACAGCGAAUGUCAACGGGAGCCAAGCAAUAUCACGACGCCAUCCGACACCAGGAGAAAAGCCGUUGGGAGGAAAUUCUGGCCGACUCCAACACCUGGAAAGCCGCGAAAUACCUCGACGCUGGCAAAGGGGCAUCUUUCGACCAGAUCCCCCAACUGAAGAGAGCCGAUGGCUCCCCAACGGAAGACGCCGCAGAAUAG